AUGAAAAAAGAAUUCGAAGAAUAUAAUAAGAAAUAUUUUCGGAAUAUACAAUUUAUUUAUGAUUUUUUGGAUAAAAAUGGAAUGGAGAAAAGUUUAGAAGAAUUAAAAAAUGAAAGUAAAAUAAAUUAUAUAAAAAAAUAUGAUGAAUAUUUUUUAGAUAAUGUAAAUUAUGAUUCUGAUAACGACAUUGAAAGUGAUGAGAACGAUGAUUUAAGUGACGAUUUUUAUAUAGAUCAUACAUUUCUUAAUCAAGUUAUUAAUAAUAUGAAUAAUUCCAUAUUAUGCAAAGCUAUAGAUAAUUUUGAAAGUACAUUAAAAGUAAAGACAGAAAAAAUAAACAAAGAAAAUAAGAUAAAUGAAAAAGAUUUUAGUAAUGAAAAUUCUCAUCUAAGCAUUAAUAAUUUCAUUCAAAAGAAAGAACAUUUAUGCCUAUAUGAAAAUACAGAAGAAAAAGGAGAUAAAUCAUAUAUCAAUAUGGGAAAUAAUAUUAAAAUUGAAGAAACGUGUAGUUUAAAAAAAAAUGCAAAUUUGAAAGUUAUAUGUCCUGAAUUUAUAAAUAAUGAAUUUAAUAUAACUAAAGAAAAUUUUGUAAAUGAUACAAAACUAGAUGAAGAUGAAAGUAGAUCUUGUCUUCAUCCAUCUAAAUUGGAGAAUGAAAUUAAUAUAAACAUUUAUGAUGAAAAACUGAAAAACAGUAAUUUAAAUGAUUCAAAAAAUGAAUACAGUGAUAAAAUAAAAGAAAAAUAUAUAAAUAAUAAUAUAAAUAACUGGGAUAACUAUUUUACUUAUGAAAGAGAAAUUUAUAAAAGACUAAAAGUUAAAUAUAUUAACGAUACAAUAAAUAAAGAAAAAGAUAAAAAAAGUUUUGAAACUUCAAAUAUUUUAACUGUUAAAUAUAUAGACGUAUAUAAUAUGUAUGCAUACGAAAACAUGAAAUAUGAUGACGUUAUUUUUUUUAAAGUUUUUUUUCCUAUAUUAAUUUUAGUAGGCUAUUCAGAUAACCAUGUAAAAUUAUUUAUAACAUUUUAUGAAAAAAAUGAUAAUGGAAGUAAUACGGAAGAAUGUAUUCACAUGUAUAAGGAGUUAGAUAAUAUUUUAUUAAACUCACCAAUAAUGUAUAUAGAUAUAAAUUACAAAGAUAAUCUAUUUAUUGUAUCAACAAUGAAUGGAGAAAUAUAUCUAUGUGAAAUAAAUAUGAACUGUAUUAUUAAUUUAACAAAACAUGUUGAAUUAAAUCAUUCUGUAGAUGAUAUAGUAAAAAAUAUAAAAAGAGAUGAAAAAUACAUAAGUAUAAUAAAGAAAUUCAAAUACCAUAAUAAAUAUUCUAUAAAAUGUGCAUUUAAUGAUAACUAUUCUUUAUUUUGUUCUAUAUCAAAUGAUAAAAAUUUAAUUAUAUAUGAAAAAAUAAAAGAUGACAAUAUAUCAUCAAUUUCUUAUGAGAAAAGAAAAAUUAUAGGAUUACCUGAAAUACCAACAAGCACCAUAUGGUUAAGAGAAGAUAAUGAUAAGGAAUCAAUAAUUAUAAGUAUGCUUAAUAGUAAUCAUGUAAUAUUUCUAAAUAGUAAAAAUUUUAAUAUAGAAAAUAAAGUAUAUUUAUUUGAUUUAAAAGAAAAAUAUAAUAUUUUAAAUUUAGCAUAUAACAAAAAAAAAAAAAUCUUAGUUUUAUGUACAGAUACUUCUAAAAUAUUUGUGUAUUCCUUAAUCAAAAAAUCUAUAAUAAAAGAAAUUUAUGGAUGUGUAUUAAACUCUCUUUCUUUUCCGACUAUUGAAUUAGAUAUAAGUGGAAGUAACAUUUAUGUAACAUCUGAUGAUAAAGUAAAUGGCACGUAUAUUUUAAUCUUUGAUAUAAAAAGUGGAAAUAUUAUAAAUAAUAUAAAUAAUGGAUACAAAAUUAGGUGUUUUCAAUUAUUAAAAAAUUACAUAUGCCCAUUUUCUAAUAAAAUCGAUUCAAAUAAUAUUAGAGAAAAUAAAAAAUCUUUACUUGUUUUAGGAUCAUUUGACAAAAAAAUACACUUUUAUUCCAAUUAA